UCCUUUCCCCACACUUCAUCCCACUUCCCCCACCACCGCCACGCCGCCGCCGUCGCCAUCGCCGGCGCCGCCGCGGAGGCCGGCUGUGCGACCUCGCCGGAGAUAUGCCUGAAACCGCGGCGGAGGCCAACCUCCGCAAGCAGCUGGAGCAAACCCUCGCCGACGAGCCAUCCAGCCCGCUCCACCAUUACAACCUCGGUGUCUUCCUAUGGGACCGCGCGGAGGCGGAGGCGGACGCAGCGGCGACGGAGGAGGAGGCGAGGCGGCUCCGUGCGGUGGCGGCAGAACACUUCCUCGCUGCGGCCAAGCUGAACCCCAACGACGGCGUCCCCUUCCGCUUCCUCGGCCACCAUUAUGCGCGCGCCGGCGAUGCGCAGCGAGCGGCCAAGUGCUAUCAGCGGGCGGCGACGCUCAACCCUGACGAUGCCGAGGCUGGGGAGGCUCUAUGUGAUUUGCUAGAUUUGGAGGGAAAGGAAAGCUUAGAGGUUGCUUUGUGUAAGGAGGCGGCUGGCAAGUCACCCCGGGCAUUUUGGGCGUUCCAGAGGCUUGGGUACUUACAGGUCCAUCAAAAGAAAUGGUCAGAGGCUAUACAGAGCCUUCAGCAUGCAAUACGAGGUUACCCAACAUGUGCAGAUUUAUGGGAAGCACUUGGUCUGGCAUACCACCGUUUGGGCAUGUUUACUGCAGCAGUAAAGUCAUAUGCGCGAGCUAUUGAACUGGAUGGUUCUAGGGUCUUCGCAUUGAUAGAAAGUGGAAAUAUCCAGCUAAUGCUUGGUUAUUUUAGGAAGGGUGUUGAACAGUUCUGCUCUGCCUUGGAGAUGGCUCCUCAUAAUCAUUCUGCAUACUUUGGUCUUGCAUCUGCACUGCUUGCUUGGGCAAGGCAGUGUGUGAUGACUGGGGCCUUUGGCUGGGCAGCUAGUCUUUUGAAGGAAGCAUCAGACGCUGCAAAAGUUUGUACUUCCUUGACUGGAAACCUUUCCUGUGUUUGGAAAUUGCAUGGGGAUGCUCAGCUUGCACUUGCAAGGUGCUUUCCAUGGGAUGAUGGUAAUAUCAAGAGGGGUAUGGAUGAUGGUACUUUCAGAGCUGCUGUACUUGAGUGGAGAAAUACAUGUUUGUCUGCUGCAAAUGGUGCAAAAUUUUCAUACCAACGUGCAUUGCAUCUCACUCCCUGGGAAGCUAAUAUUCACAAUGACACUGCUAUAUGUCUUGAUCUCAUUUAUACCAUUGAGGAGAAUAACAGUCUAGACCCCAUAGUUUGGGAGUUGCCAGAGAAAAUGGCGUUGGGUGGGUUGAUAUUGGAGCCAGUUAAUAAGGAUUUUUGGGUUACAUUGGGUUCAGUAUCAAGUAAUCAAGCUUUAAAACAACAUUCUUUUAUUAGAGCACUGCAUCUUGAUACAUCUCUCUCUGAAGCUUGGGCGUACCUUGGAAAGAUUUACAGGCAGUCAGGUGAUAAGCUGUUGGCAAGAGAAGCAUUUGAUCGAGCUCGGAGCAUUGAUCCUUCAUUGGCCUUGCCAUGGGCAGGAAUGUCGGCUGAAAACCAUCACCAGCCUAGGGAUGGCCUGGUAAAUGAAUCUUUUGAAAGCUGCUUGCGGGCUGUGCAGAUACUACCUCUGCCAGAGUUCCAGAUUGGUCUUGGAACAAUUGCCGCUCAUUCUGGUGAACUUCUAUUAUCACCUCAGGUAUUGAUGGCGGUAAGGCAAGCUGUUCAUCGAGCACCUCAUUACCCAGAGUCGCACAAUAUAAAUGGGUUGGUUUCUGAAGUGCGAUCAGAUUUCCAAUCUGCAAUUGCAUCGUACCGUCAAGCAAGAUUUGCUUUAGGUAUGAUGCACAACUCCGAAACAGACAACCGAUGUCAUAUUGCUGAUGUUUCGGUGAAUCUUGCCCGGUCACUAUGUAAGGCUGGUCUUGCAACUGAGUCAGUGCGGGAGUGUGAAGAAUUGAAAAGACAAGGAUUUCUGAGUACUGACGGAUUGCAGAUAUAUGCUUUUUCAUUGUGGAAACUUGGUCGACAUGAUGAAGCUCUUUCAGUAUCAAGAAACUUGGCUGAAAGCUUAUCCAGUAUGAACCAGGAGAGUGCAACUGCGGCUUUGGGGUUCAUAUGCACGUUGACAUACAACAUCUCUGGGAAGGACUCCGCAGCUGCGGUUAUUCAUAAAUUGCCUGGUCAACUCAAUUACAGCACACAGCUGAAAUUUAUUAUCUCUGCAUUAGAUGCUUUGCAUCCAAACAAGCGUUUUCAAUUACCUCAGCUGAGUAUCCCUCCUAGACUUACAUCCUACGAAGUGAUGAGCGAAGUCCACUCGAAUAUUGCUCUUGGGAAGGCCAUUGGUGGGGAAUUAGACAAGGUUUUAAGGGUUGAUGGUGGUCUGUCCUACCUGAAAAGGGUUCUCCACAUGUAUCCUGAUUGCAGUUUAGUAAGAAACCAUCUUGGAUCUCUGCUGCUGUCAAGUGAAGAUUGGAUGGCCUCUCAUAAAACAGUAAGGGUUACUUCAUUGUCGCAUGGCUACACAUCCAACAGGGGCCUAAGAUCUCCACAUCAAAUUCAAGCAUGUGCAGCAGUUUCUUGCUACGCUACCUGCACUUCUUACCCAAAAUUCUCUUUCCCAACAUGUGAAGACCAAUACUUAAGUGGAUACAAUGCAAUAUGCCACCUGCAAAGGUGGGUUCACCUAGAACCAUGGAACCAAGAUGCACGUCGCCUGCUUGUACUUGCCAUUUUCCAAAAAGCACGUGAGGAGAAGUACCCAAAACAUAUCUGCACGAUUUUGAAGAGGUUGAUUUUGCAAGUUAUGUCCAGUGGUAACAAGUCACAAGAAAAUAAAGUUGUUCAGUAUGGAAACUACUUGCUACUUCUUUUGACUUCAGAGGUUAGUUUGCAAUCUGGUGACUAUGGCAACUGUAUUGCUCAAGCUACUGAAGCUCUCAGAGUAACUUCUUCAAGUGUGGAUACUUUUUUGGCACACUUGCAACUAUGUCGAGCCUAUGUGAUGCAAGGCAAUUGUUUGAACUCUAGGAGUGAGUACAUGAAAUGCCUUCAAAGCCGUACUGAUACUGAAAUUGGCUGGGUAAUGCUUAAGCAGCUUGCAUCUAUGUGUUCACUGGAAGGUACCUCUGAUGAAAUAGAGGUACAUCUCCGAGAAUGCAUUGAAAAGAAAGGUAGUAAUGCAUCCAGAUGGUUGUCUCUUUUCUAUCUAGCAUGCGCUCAGUGCUCAGUAUGGCAUGAGGACUUUGCAAGUGCUGAAAAAGUUAUUGCUCAGGCAUGUGCUGAAGGGGAUACUGACAGCUGCGUAUUAUUUCUCAACGGCGCGAUCAGUAUGGACAUUGCCUGGAGGUUUGCAGCCCCUCAAUUCAUACCCCGUGCAGCUUCCAGCCUCAGAAAAGCACAGCAAAAAUCACUAGCUUCUUUACCUAUUGUCUCUCUCUUACUGGCCCAAGCAGAAGGCAGCCUUGGCUCCAAAGCCAAGUGGGAGAAAAACCUUCGCCUAGAAUGGUUCUCUUGGCCCCCAGAAUUGAGGCCUGCUGAGAUCUAUUUCCAGAUGCAUCUUCUGGCAACGCAGUCAAGUGCAGCAGCUUCCCAGCAGAACCAGCUAGUGGAAACCAUUCAAACCCCGGAGAAGUGGCUUCUCAGGGCCAUACACCUGAACCCGUCGUGCUCCAGGUAUUGGACGGCUCUGAUGCAACUCGUGUACGUGUAAUAACCCUUUGGAAUUGGAAGCAUAUGGAUUGUGUGAAAUCCAUCACGAUGCAGCGCAUUUGUUGACUCAGCUGUAGCAUUGAUUGGCUGACUGUCCUGAGAACCUAACUGAACUGAUAUUCAUCCGGUUUUGAGAGUUGAGGCGUGAGGAUAUUUCCUGAAAAAGUUUCUUUUUCCUGAUAGAUUUUCAGGAACACUGUUUCUUUGUUGUAAACUCCUUUUACAAACCACUCUCCAGGACUGGUCUGGACUCUGGACUUCGACUUGACAAAAACCAAUUCGCGACCUAUUAUCCAACAUUAUUAGCAUGUCAUAAAUCAUAAUCGAA